AUGGAGAAAAAAAGGAAGAAAGAGCAACAUUAUCUUGAGCUUCGAAUCUUCGCGAUGAACAAUAUGUGUUGCUAUCACAAAACAAUUUUCUUUUCAUUUCCUAUAAGAAAAGCUACACCAUUACCAUCUUUUUUUCUACUCUUUUUUGAAAAUGAAAAUGAAGCGGCUGUUGUUAGAAUGUGUAUAAAACGAGACAUUUGUAUGAUCGAAAACGCUUUCACUCAACGAAUACAGUUGAAUUUGAAUUUAUUAGAUAUUUCGUUUUCUCCUUCCUUCACCAGUGAAAUGGGACUUUUUCACAUAUUAUGUAUGUUUGUUGUUGAUGUUCUUGUUUAUAUGAGAAGGAAAACUUUUAUGAUCUUAAAAGAAACUCACACAUGA